AUGGGUUGCGCGCUGUCCGGGGCGGGGGGCGAGGCGGGAGUCCUGGAGCCUGGGGAGGGGUCGGGGCCGGCGGAGGUACCAGGGCUCAGCGGGCGGCAGAAGCAGCUGCUCCGGGCGUCCUGGGACGUCCUUCAACAAGACAUCGCCAGGGUUGGAGUGAUCAUGUUUAUCAGGCUGUUUGAGACCCACCCCGAGUGCAAGGACGUCUUCUUCCUGUUCAGCGACAUCGAUGAUCUGCAACAGCUGAAGAUGAGCAAGGAGCUGCAAUCACACGGGCUGCGGGUGAUGUCCUUCAUUGAGAAGAGCGUGGCGCGACUGGAUCAGGAAGACAAGUUGGAGCAGCUUGCCUUUCACCUUGGGUGCAGCCAUUGCCGCUACAACGCCCCGCCCAAAUACUACCCGUACAUCGGGGCGCAGUUCAUCGCGGUGGUCAAACCAAUACUGAAGGAGCAAUGGACAGCGGAGGUGGAGGACGCGUGGGAGUGCCUGUUUAACUACCUGACCAGCACAAUGAAGAGAGGCUACCAGGAGGCCGAGCAGAGAAACAAAGUCCACCAAGCCGGCUACUCAGCUCGGAAAACUGCAGCCGCCAGCACCAAUCGCAACGUUAUCUGAGAGGCCGUGCAUUAGGCGGUGCACUCCCAGGACAGAGGAGUCAAAUUAAAUUCAAAAUGCUGGAGUAACUCAGCGGGACAGGCA